ACGUAUAAACAGCUAACUCGACAUCGCAUUUUUUUUCUUCUAGUUUUUCCAGAGCUAAACUUCUGUUACGUUCUGAUCCAGUUUCGCUAUUCACUGUCAAAAUGAGUAACCACGUUGAGGUGAAAAACAUUGAACCGACCACCUUUGAGGACCACUACUACGAUGAAUAUGAAUAUUAUAACUUAACAGACCGUUAUACCGAGUGCACUACUCGCAAGGGCAGGACGAAGAAGGAGGCGAGUUGCAACACGAACAGACCUAACCCCGGUGGACACGAGCGCAAAAUAGUGGAGAAACUCCAGAACGCUGAGAAGAAAUCCAAAGAGUGACGCAAUAGAGAUUCAAUCGGACGGCUAUAACUGGCAAUCGACCACAGGUGCCUUCGGGCGCUGGCCUGCAGGAGAGACUUCAUGAACCUCCGCCUCAGGAUCAGAUGAGCGGGAGAAGGCUGAGUGAAGCUCCCGGUCCAGUGACUCGUGAAGUGGGGAGUUUUGUUAGGCGUGCACUGCUCUUGUGUAGAAUGCGGUGGGCCCUGAAGAACGAGCACCUGUUCAUAGGAACCGAUAUGCUUGUGGUGGUGAAUGUACGUUUUAAAUCGGAGCUUUGACCAAGUGUAGAUUUUAUUCUGUUUGGUGUUUUUAAAUGGUACAUUUUAAAAAGUUUUUCUUUUAAUAAAGACACUUUUCCAUCAAACUUGA